AUGCAUUUCCUCCAGACCGCCCUCUUUGCCUUGGCCGCUGUCAACACCGUCUCAGCUUGGGAUCUCUUCGCCUGGCAUAGCAAGUCAUGUGGCACUUCGAGCGACUCGCUGUACGAUGUCGAAGGCUCUACCGAGACCGGGUGCUUCAACUUUGACAUGGAGGAUGGUUAUCGUAUCCACGCGCUCAAGGCGUGGUUCGAUGAGGACAAAUUCGAGUUUCAGAUCUACCCUGCCGCCGACUGUAAGAAGGAGGGUAUCUGGUACGGUACCGAGAUCGGAACCGGCACCUGCGAAGUCUUCGAAGAAUGGUUUUCCGAUGUGGUUAUCUACUCUUUCAAGGUGACCGCCCUGUAAGAUUCCAGGAGGAUUUUAUAAAGGGUUUUGGGGGGGGAUGUGGCAACAAAUUUUCUUGUGUUUAAGUCUCUUUCUCUCUCUAUCUCUAUGUGUGCUAGUGUGUUUUAAGUAUGUGUGCG